AUGGAUGGAGAGAAGAGGGAUGGAGGGGCGCUCCGGCACGGCUCCCGCUGGGCUCUCUCCUUCGACAUGAGCUCCAUCCCGAGCGCGCAGGAGGUGAAGCUGGCGGAGCUGCGCGUGCGGCUGCCCGAGCCCUGGCGCUCCCGCAACGUCACCCUGGAGCUCUACCACAGCCCGCGGGAGCCGUGCGGGCAGAGCCGGAGCUGCGCCCGGCACCGGCUCCUCCUGGGCACCUUCUCCGGCAGCUCCUCCUUCACCCAGGGCUCCUGGAAAGUGUUCGACGUCACCGGCGCGCUCCGCGCCUGGCUGCACCAAGAGGCGGCUCCUGGUCCCCGGGGCGUCCCGGCGCCGCGCAGAGUGGAGACGGUCCCGGUCACGGCGGUGCCGAGCGCGCUGGACGCGAGCGCCGAGGAGGCGGAGGCCUCCAAGCACGUGCUGCGCGACGGCGGCUCCAAGGAGCCGGGCGGCCGGCGCCAGCGGAGGAACAGGAAGGAAAAGCAGCGGAUUAAAGUGAGCGACGUGCCCGCCGCCGCCGAGGACACCAGGCCCUUGUGCAGGAGGGUGGACAUGAUGGUGGAUUUCGAGCAGACCGGCUGGGGCAGCUGGAUCGUCUACCCCAAAAAAUACAACGCCUACCGCUGCGAGGGGCAGUGCCCGUCGCCGGUGGAUGAGACCUUCAAGCCCACCAACCACGCGUACAUCCAGAGCUUGCUGAGGCUCUACAAGCCGGGCCACGUGCCGUGCCCCGCGUGCUCGCCCGUGCGCAUGAGCCCCCUCUCCAUGCUCUACUACGAGAAGGGCGAGCUCGUCGUGCGGCACCACGAGGACAUGGUCAUCGAGGAGUGCGGCUGCAACUGA